AUGACGCAAGUUUGCACGCCUGAUGAUGAGAACGAGGGGUAACCUUAGAAGGGGAGGGAAGGCCCCACCAGAGGAAAGAGACUCGCAGUUAGGGACAGCAGUGACACAGGAGUGAGGACCACAACAUGAGCACCUGGAAGAAACUAACCGGAGGACCUGGGCUGCAUUGAAAAUAAGAUGGAUGCUCACAAUUUGGGAAUAAGAGUUUAAGCGAAGAAUCGAGGAGGCACGUGUCUGGUCCCCGCACACAUGCCCCGAGAAACCGAAGCCAGAGAGCCUGGCGGGAGUGGGAGAGCGGCCGCGAGCACCGUCCUUCCCGGAGAAGCAAGCCCCACGUCCGCUCUGCUCGGGGCCGACCCAGAAGCAAUGAAAUCUCUGACUUCGGAAAGCUCAGAAGAGGACCUGCUGGAUAAGGUGGAACUGAGGCGCCAGUGGGUCUCCCAGACUGUAGAGGAGGUGCAGAAAGCCAUCUACCAUCUGACCACCAAAAUCAGCAACCGAGACAUCCGAUUCCAAGCCAUCCCUUACUCCUUCACCUACAACGGGAACAUUAAGGUUUUGGCGCCCAGCCAGUUCCUGGUCACAGUCCCAGUGAGAGGCCUGGCUGGGUACAGGGAGGCCCAGGAGCGCUGCUGGCGCUACUACACGCUGCAGGGCACCAGGCUGCCCUGCCCCCUGCCGGGCCCAGAUGGCCUGCAGCAGUGGCUGGAGGUGCGGCAGUUCCCUAGGAGCCUGUGGCUGUGGCACGAGGCAGACGUGAACAUCGAGGGGGACCUUGUGCCUGCCAAGGUCCUCCAGGUGUUCCGGACGCUGGUAGAAGAUGCCAUUGAAGCCUGUCACCUGUCAGGAAAGGUCAGCAUGCUAACAAACGGCACUGCAGUUUGGGUUGCCAUGGAAACAUCCAGCGGUCCGGUGGAGAUAGAGCUGGUCCCCGCAGUGGAGAUCCCCACCGCCUGGUCCAAGAAAGCCCGGUGGCCUCGGUGUCUGACGCGCUGGCCCUCCCCAGAGAGAGUGAAGUGCAUCAAGUCGUUUGGAUUCACGCUGUUGGCCCGUUUGAAUUACCACUGGCAGCUGAGCUUCUCGCAGGCCGAGCGGGUGCUGCUGGAGCAGCUGGACGAAGACGGGGGCUGCCGCCGGCAGUGUUUCCGGGCGCUGCGGCAGCUGAAGGAGGACGUCUGGUGUCCGGGGAACAGGCCGGUGCUCACGUCCCACCACCUGCAGACAGUGCUCUUUUGGACCUGUGAGAAGUAUCCCCACUCGAAGGACUGGCAGGUCCUCAGCAAAGGGCUCCUGCGCCUGGCGAAGAAGCUGCACAGAUCAGCCUGCCCUGAGGCUGCGCCAGCCCGGCGGCUCUCGGACACUCCGUCCGGCUCGACCUCUGGGCUGUUCGGGUCAGAUGCCGGGUUCCCGCCCGGGACAGAGGCUACCACGGCGGAGGGAUUCACGUCGGCCCAGGAGCGGGAAAAGCGGCGCCCUCAGGUAUCUGCGUGGCCUCCCGGGGCCGAGCAGGCGUUUCAGCCCUCGCUACCUACCUCUCUCGGGGACAGCUCUCAUCAGGCCUCCCCAAGCCACAGACUGCAAACCGAUGACAUUUCUGAGUUUAUUUUCCCCUGCCCAGGUGCUGACGGGGAGGAUGGAGACAGAACCCUGGGGGGCCGGGCAUCAGCCCGAGGCCCAGCGGUGGUCCUCCAGCCCGCCGACCACGGGUUCGCCGUUUUUCCGUUUGUAAAAUGGGACUGUUAAGGUGCCUCCCUGCAGGCAGGGCUGUGCGCCCGAGCUGCCGCCCUUUCCAGGAGAAGGCAUGGGACGAACACAAGCGCUGCUGGUUGGUCAGCGGCCAGUUUGCAUCCCGGAUCAGCACCUAACCACUGAUUAAAUAAAUGAUGGCUUCUGACGUGUUAGCACACGUGUCUUUCCCGCCAGGUCCCCUGGGCGGUGGUGCGAGGCUUGGGGCUCUGCCUGCUUCGCUGGCGUCCCCUCCGUAGGGAAAGGGAGGUUUAGAUGAUGGGGGCCGGUCAGACGUCAGGGCAGCUCUGCCCGCCCCCCUGCUCCCAGCCGCUGGCCUCUCCUGGCUCCGCACACCGUGACUCCGGGUGGGGACGCCCUGACUUCAUGAAGGAGCUCGUUGCUGUGGCCUGCACGGAUGACUUGGGUGCCACUCACCUCUCAGCACCUUCCUCGGCUCACUACAUCCACCCCCUCGUUCACUGAUAAAUGCGUGCUCUGUGGGCGCUGGGAGUCGGCUGAGAGCGACUUCCCUGAUGGAUGAUGCCUCGUGGUGCAGACGGGAAAUGAACAGCAGGUACGUAAACACGGUUGUUGUAAACUAUAGCAGCUGCCCCGGAGAAAUAAACAGACCCUAAACGGAGCCACAGAGAGAUCCUCGAAGGAUGAAGAUGCAAACGGCAGGAGGCCAAGGAAAGGGAGCCAAGGUCAGACUUGGAGGGGCCGCAGCAGUCAGGUCACUCGGCCCUGGGAGGCUAGCUGGUAAGGAAUUUGCAUUUUUUCUAAAAUCAAAGGCAUGGUAUCAUGGCCUCUCCCAGUAUCAUGCUCUCAGCUGCAUUUUACAUACAUGCCCACCCUCGUGUCUGCACAGAGAGGGGCCGGGGCUCCCACGAGGGGGGCUGGGGGUGCAGAAGGCUCUCCAGCCCCGCGCUGUGAACUCCCCUGUGGUCAAGGCCCCCAGCCCGACAUCAGCCAGGAGCUGCCGGAGUGUGGAGUGCUGGGCGAGGCCAGCGGCUUCUCCACUCAAGGGGACCCUCUGUCACUUAGAACACGCUCCCCAACUAUGUCACCGUGAAACUCCCCAAAGCAUGCACUACUGAUUUUGUAAAAUAAAAAGUCACAUUUGAAAAUGAAAACAUUACUUUUACAAAAACACUGUAGCCAAAUGGUGGGGUCCCUGGGCUAUCACACAGGAAGUCAUGGUUUUGAAAUGUUGAAAAACAAAAAUCUUCCUAAGCAUACAAUAAGUUUAAAAUUUUGAAAACAUGGAUGGAUGAGGAACCCAAUGUUUUAUUAAAUCAUCAACACUUGCAUUCGAAUUCUCAUAUUCUUAGAUCUUGGGAAAUAUUUUUGAGAAGGUGGUGAAUAAUAGUGAGUUUUCAAAAUUUUAAUGAUGAAAAGAGCUGAAGCAAAUUUCAGAAUAGCUCUGAAGUUGCAGAAUGUCAAAAUGUGUAAAUUGACUGUAACAUUAAUUCACAAUGUGUGCGUGUGUUUGGAGAGGGGCGGGACGGGCACACUCCAGUCGGACUGAGGUAGAUUCUUCCCACCUUUCCCUGCAGAUCUGUGGUUUUUGGAGUAGGGCUGUCUGGAAAUUCCUGAGUGUUCCCAGUACUGACCAGCAGAGAGCAGUAGAGGACCACACAUGAAAAUAGUCCGGCUCCUACCCAGUUCCUUUUCAGCCCAGCAGGUGUCGUCCUCCCCAGCCUGUAACUUCACCUGGCUUCAAAACAAACAAACAAACAAACAAACAAAACCCCAAAACAAAAAACAACGGGAUUCAGGGUCAGAGGAUUCCAGCUGAUGCUAAAUUGUUUACCUUUCCCGUCAUUUGGGCCAAAAUUCACAGUCGUUCUGCUUAUAGCUCAGAUUAAAAAAAGGAGCCUAAGCAAGUAUUCCCUAUCCUGGGGUCUGUGGAAUAUUGGGUUCAUAGUUUUGAAAAGCCUGAUAAUAUUAUUCCUCUAUGAUGGUCAGCUUUUUUUUUAAUUCUCCAAAAGGUCUUUUCUAACCAUUUACAAUCUUCUAGGCACGGGGCUGCUUUAUAGACUCUUGAGUAGAAUGCAUGGUAUCAGCCCCAGGAACGGACCUGCUCAUGUGUUAGCAAGCUGUUCAGCUUCCUAGCUCCUAAUCUCUGUUUCUUUGUGGACACCGGUACGGGCUGAAUUGUAUCCUUCUAAAUUCCCGUGUCGAAGCCCCAAUGCCCAAUACGUCAGAAUGUGACUGUUUUGGAGACAGGCUCUUCAAAGAGGUAGUGGCGUCAAGAUGAGGCUGUUGGAGGUGGGGGUGGUGGUGCCCGCAUCAACAGGACAGGUGUCCCUGAAAGUAGAGGAAGAGAGGUCAUGGGCAGGUGUGCAAGGACAAAAGGCCGUCUGCAAGCCCAAGGAGAGAGGCCUCAGGAGAAACCAACCCUGCUGGCACCUUGACCUUGGCUUUCCAGGCUCCAGAGCUAUGAGAAAAUAGUUGUCUGUUGUUUCAGCCACGCAGUCGGGGGUACUUUGUUAUGGUGCCCCUGGGAGACUGCUGCAGGCUUCGUGAGAGAAUCCGCACCUCCUCCCUGUGAUGGAGAGAAUAAAUGGAAUAUUAUUCUCUCUGUGAUAAGUGAUGGAUGCAAAAGACUCUUUGUUUAGUUGAGUAAGUGUUUGGUAUUUUAGAUGCCUGUCCCUCGUGGCCAUCCAUCCAUCUCUGCUGUUCCUGAUAACUACUCCACCCACAGGUAAGUCCUUCGUGAAGAAGUUAGACACCGUCACAGGGAAAACACACACAACACGCCAUCACCACAAAUUCCAGAAACCCCUCCUUUCCUCUCUCCCUCUCACUACCGUGGAGGGAGCGCGUCUCCCGACUUCUCUGCCUGUGAUGGGCUGACACCUCGAGCCUCUCGGGGCCACGUUCCCUUGACUUCCGUAGUGUCCGCCGCCGCCGCCGCCCCAGCUCCCUGCCUCUCUGCCCCUCCAGUCUCUUGAGCUAUUAUUACACACGCGUCCCCACUUCCUCAGCUCUUCACGCUUCUGUUUAUGGUGAAAGCUCAAACAGGAGAGAGUCUGAGCUGUUUAAAGAAAAGCAAUAAACACAAACGUGCUCACCAGGUGGGAAAAAUAGCUCAUUGCCAGAACUUCAGGUUUCUCCUAGGUGCCCCCUCCGUUCCCUGGCACCUCCCUUCCUGACACAGGGAACCUCAAUCCCAAAUCUCGUGUACGUCAUUUUGCUUCUUUUUUCAGUUUUACUGCCUACCGUAUUUCAGUAACUGUAAGCCCCCAGCAAUUGUAAGAUGCACCACUAUUUCC